GUAUGAUGAGGAGCACAGUGGAGAUGAUAAAGUUUUCCUCGACUGUUUCUGUAAAAUAGCAGCGGGAAUAAAGAACAACAGCAACGGCCAUCAGCUGAAAGAUCUCAUCCUUCAGAAGGGAAUUACACAGAAUGCCCUUGACUACAUGAAAAAGCACAUUCCCAGUGCAAAGAAUUUGGAUGCAGACAUAUGGAAGAAAUUCUUAUCUCGACCUGCACUUCCUUUUAUCCUGCGCCUGCUCCGAGGACUUGCCACACAGCACCCUGCCACACAGGUGCUAAUAGGUACAGACUCGAUUACCAACCUGCAUAAACUGGAGCAGGUGUCUAGUGAUGAAGGGAUUGGGACGUUAGCAGAGAAUCUUCUGGAGGCACUAAGGGAACAUCCAGAGGUGAAUAAGAAGAUCGACGCUGCCCGGAAGGAGACACGUGCAGAGAAGAAGCGUAUGGCCAUGGCGAUGAGACAGAAGGCCUUGGGCACUCUGGGGAUGACG